UCCGGUUGUGUGAUCGAAAAGAUCAUCCGCGAUUCCGCAAUCUACCUCGAAUUUUCCAGCUGCCCACAGAUUGUCCGUGCAAGAAACCGGCGCGUUCUUUAUUUAUCCCAGUCGUUUUAAGUUAAAUUUUGUGAAAAUAGGAACCACUACCAGCAUGGCCGUUACAAAUGUAACCAGCGUUGAUCAGUACAAUAAGCUAAUAGGAUCAUCAUCAGUAACGGUUGUGUUGUUUUCCGCCGAAUGGGCCGACCAGUGCAAACAGAUCCUUUCGGUCAUGUCCGAGAUGGCAAAACAAACGACCUUCAGCGGGCUGCAGUUCCUGGAUGUUCCGGCGGAGGACUUGUCCGAGGUGGCACUGAAACAUCAAAUCGAUGCGGUCCCGACGGUGAUCUUCUUCAAAGCCGGUACAGCGGUGGAUCGAAUCGACGGAGUGGACAUUGCUGCGCUGACGAUCAAGUGUCGCAAGUUGGCCGGUUCCGUGGCUGAUGCGCCUGCCGCGGCCACUUUGGAGGAUAGACUGAAGGCACUGAUAAACCGCUCCAACGUGAUGAUAUUCAUAAAGGGUGACCGGAAUACACCCCGCUGUGGAUUCUCCAAGCAGCUGAUAGCGAUCAUGAACGAGACGGGGGUGCAGUACGAUACGUUCGAUAUUCUCACCGACGAAGAGGUUCGGCAGGGCCUGAAGACCUACUCGGAUUGGCCUACUUAUCCGCAGGUUUACGUCAAAGGUGAGCUGAUCGGUGGACUCGAUAUCAUCAAGGAGCUGCUAACCGGAGGAGAACUCAACGCGACUCUGGAUGCUUAAUAAUUGAUGCUGUGGGACGCCGGAAGUAUUCCUUUCCCCCCAAAGGGACAAAAGAGUGAGGUAAAGCUUGUUUUUUUUUUCUCUUAGUCUUCGUUCAUAUGUUGAUAAGCAACAACACAUGGGACAUGGAAAUUAUUAGAAUUGGAUGAGUGCACAUUUUGAGUUUUCGAGAUUA